AUGUUGAAAUCAAAAGAAAUUCUUCUCCUAUUUAUAAUCACUUUUCUUGGUAUAGCAAUAGCACAAGAAUGUUCUGAAACAAAAUAUACUGUAUCGAAAUGUUAUAAAAAUGAUAUUAAUGAACAAUAUCAAUGGUUAAUUGAAAUACCGAGUAGUGAUCAAUCAUGUAAGGGAAAAUCAGUUGCUCAACCUAGAUCUAUUCCAUGUGAUUUCAAAUGUGAAAAAGGAGAAACAUUUGAUAGAUUUAAACUUGGUUGUCAAAGGUGUACUCCAGGAACAUUUUCACUUGGUGGUGGUCAUCAAUAUACAUUUAAUGAUUUAGAUGGUCUUAAAUCAAUACCACCAGAACUUUCUCUUAAAGCAACAUCAUUGUUUUCUUUAUACGAUAAUGAUUGUAAAAAUAAAGAACUUUGGAAAGUUAAGGGAAAUAUAUUACAAGGUGAUGCACAACCUAAUUGUGCUAUUUAUCUUUCACUUCCAUUUAAACUUCAACGAACUGGAGCAAUCACUAUAACAUAUAAUUUACCUACAUCAUACGUUUUUGGAACUAUUUCAUCACGAUGUGAUUUUAGUAUUACAAAGAAAGAUGGUGAUGAUUAUAAUGAUGAUGAUGAUGACGAUAAUGAUGAUGAAAGUCGUUCAAAAAAACAUUCUAUUUUUAGUUUAUCACCAACAGGUUAUGGUGUUUGGAAGCAUAAAAAAAUUACUAUUGAUGCACCAGGAGAAUAUAAACUUUCAUUGUAUACUAUUAGUCUUAAUGCAUUCCAUUUUCCAUUUGGAAUUCGAUCAAUUGUUAUUGAAGGAAGUUUAGCCCUUCAAGAUUGCAUUCCAUGUCCACCAGGUACAUAUGCUUCCGAGUCGGGUUCUGCUACUUGUAAACUAUGUUCACCAAAUACUUAUGCACAACAUGAAGGUUCCACUAGAUGUUUGCCUUGCAAAGAAGGCGCUGAAUAUGCAGAUGAAGGAUCAUCAAUAUGUUUACCAAGACCAACAUGUGAACUAAAACACUAUCAAAAAGUCUUUAUUGGAUGUGAUAAAUCUGAUACAGCAAUAGUUAAAUAUGAACCAAUUCAACCAAAGGUUUGUGUAGGUGAUCUUGCUUCUACAGAAAGUAAAUUACCUUGUGGAACAUGCAAUCCUGGCAUGUUUAAAAAUAAAGAUACUGGCCGUUGUGAAUUUUGUCCACAAGGAACUUAUUCGAAUGGAAUUUCAAAUGAAUGUCUUCUAUGUAAAAAUGAAUUAUCAGUAUUACCUGGUUUAUAUUAUAAAAAUUGGAAUGAACUACCAAUCUAUCUUAAUAGAAGUUAUAUAUCUUUGGAUGAAACUAAAAAUUUAAAGCAAUGGAUUCAUGAUCAAAGUUGGAUUCCAAGUAUAAAUUAUAUAUCAUCUCAAGCAGUUCCUAAUACAUUAUCUUCCUUAAGUUUAAGUAUUAUUAAAGGUUUUCGUAGAACAGAGUUAGCAAAAAUUAGUAAAGAAUUUGGAACAUUAUAUUUUAAUUUUUCAAUUCAAUGUCAAUUAUCAUGUACAUUGUUCUUAGUUUCGCAAGAGCUCUAUAAUAAUAAAAAUGAUUGGGACGUCAUUCAAAAAUGGACUAUAAAUAAAACAAUUGAUCACAAAAAUAUAAUUGACUAUACAUACUCAAUUCAAUAUUCUGAUGAAAUUACAUUUAGUUGGCUUUUUGCAUCAGAUGAUACAGAUGAAGGUGUUGAUGAAGUUCGUAUUUAUGAAAUUCGUGUUACAAAUACAGCACUUGGAGGAUCUGAUCGAUGUGUUAGUUGUUUAACGAUAGAUAAUCAAAAAACUGAAUGUAAAUCAUGUAGUCCUGGUCAUAUAUUAUUAAAUAAUACAUGCAUUCCUUGUGCAAAAUCUACAAUAGCUAGUCGCAUGCGACCUAAUGAUCUUGUUCCAACAAUAUGUAAACAAUGCAUAAAUAAUACAAUAACAGAUGAUGGUGUUUCAUGUUAUGUACCAUGUAAACAAGCAUUUAAUGAAAAUAUUCAAUAUGAUUUAAACGAAAUAUCAACAAUUGAAUUUCAUGGUUCGAAAUUAUUUACACAAAAAGGUAGUGGUUAUUUUCAUGUAUUUAAUGCAAGUAUUUGUGGUAAAACAAGUGUAACUUGUGGAAAGACAUUAACAUCAGAUGAAUUAAAGAGUUCAAGAAAACAAACAAAAAUUGACUCGAAAUUAUGUCGUAUGGGUUCGGUACCAGAUAAAAAUGGUGAUGCAAUAUCUGUAGCCUAUGUUGAUGAUUUUGGUGAAGAAUUAUUAAAUGUAUCAUUAUCGACAUCAAAAUAUUUUCCACCUCUUCGUUCUGAUUAUAAUUUAACUGAUAUAACAUUUGUUUAUCGAGCUAAUGCAACAACUAGUCAAUCAAGUUGUUCAGAACGUAUUACAUAUUUAUCAUUACGUUGUGAUCAUUUAUUAGAUGAUGAAAAAGAAAAUUUAUCAAUAAAAUAUAAAUUACAAACUCCAAAUGAUUGUGUAACUGGUACUUGUGAUGGAUGUAUAUUUUAUUUUCUUUUACGAACACCUUUGGCUUGUCCAAUAUGUAAUAAUGAUACGAAUGGUUAUCGAACAUUUUUUGGUCCAUGUAAAUUUGGUCGACAAGAAGUUCGAAAAAUACCUUAUCCAUAUUGUUCACAUAAUUUAAUUGAAACAGUUGAAAUACAUCGAUGUUCUAUGUUAUCAUUGGAGUUACAAAUAAUUUUUGGUUUCUUUUUUAUAAUUGCAGGCAUAUUAAUAUCAGUAGUUAUUAUGUGUUGGAGAAAAAAUCGAAAACUUGAAUAUCGUUAUAUGCAAUUAGUUGAAAAUGUAAAUCCGGAUGAUGAUACACCAGUUGAUAAUGUUUGUGCUCAAAUUAGUGACGAAGAAGAUUCAGAUGAUGAAGUGCAAUUUAAAACACAAUCGAAAGCUAAAAAAUUUAUGAAUGUUGUUCGAAAAGUUAUACGAAAAAGUUCUAACAAUGGAAACAGUGAAUCAUUAGGUCGUGACAGUUUUUUAUUGACAAGUACAUCAACAAAUGAUGUUUGA